AUGGAGCCAAGAAGCACUACAGGGGGUCUCUUAGAGAUUCAAGGUAGCCUGUUCGAUGCUCCAGAGGGAGCAGCGCUGAUCCAUGCAUGUAACUGCCGUGGCACCUGGGGGAAGGGAAUAGCAAGAGUCUUCCGAAGCAAUUACCCCGCUGCAUAUGAGGUUUAUCGAUCCCACUGCCGACAAUUUUCUUCCAAGCCCAGAUACAAUACUAUCACAACAAGCGAUGGCACACGAAAAGCUCAACUGCCAGAGGGGACUGCUCUCAUAAUUCCACCACAGAAGAGAGAUUAUGAGAAUGACCGCAGGAAACGCCAUUGGAUAAUCUGCCUUUUCACGUCAAGAGGGCUCGGAAGGAUGGUCAGUCCUGAAGAUAUAGUGCUGGAGAACACCGAGCUUGCCAUUGCAGAUAUGAAGAGACAACUUGAUCACAUUGAAGACCAAGAGGGUAGACUUCUUGAUCUCUGGUCGUGUCGGUUCAACUCUGGGUUGUUUGGCGUGGAGUGGGCUCGCUCAAGGGAGAUAUUAGAGAAGUCGGGACUUGAUGUUACAGUGGUGACGCCGGCUGACGACUGA